AUGGAGAUUACGGGCAACGCCACUCCCGUAGGAUCUCCUCCUCUUGCGGCUGGGCACAACGUGGCGGCUCUGGUCUUGGGCGUGCUGCUCAUCGUGGUGAUCAUUGGUGGCAACGCGCUUGUGUGUAUCAGCGUGCUGACCGAGAAAGCCCUCAAGACCACCACCAACUACUUUAUCGUCAGCUUGGCUGUGGCCGACCUGCUGCUGGCAGUGCUUGUGCUGCCGCUCUUCGUCUAUUCAGAGUUCCAAGGAGGCGUGUGGACUAUGAGCACCGGCGUGUGCGAUGGCCUGAUGAGCAUGGACGUCAUGCUGUGCACAGCCUCUAUCUUCAACCUAUGCGCCAUCAGCGUCGACAGGUUCAUCGCGGUUCUCAUCCCGCUCAACUACAACCGCAAGCACGUGGACCUGCGGCAGGCUGUCCUGUUGUCGGCCACAUGGGUGCUGGCCCUGGCAGUGGCCUCUCCUGUCAUGUUAGGCAUCAACAAUGUAACGGGCCGUCGUCCCAGCGAGUGCAAGCUGGAGAACGCCGAUUAUGUGCUCUACUCGUCCGUGUGCUCCUUUUUCAUCCCGUGUCCCGUUAUGCUGCUACUCUACUGCGGAAUGUUUCGCGGUCUGCGGCGCUGGGAGGAGGCGCGCAAGGCCAAGCUUAGGAGCAGCAUCCAAGCUUGCCGCAAGCUCCGUGAAGCCAACGCCGACGGCGUUUCUCUGCCGGCUCUGGCUAGGUUACCGCCACUUUUGCCGCCCGUCAUAGAGAAGGAGCCAGCGGAAGAACCGGACACCACCCCGACGACUGGGACCGCCAUGUUCCCACCUCCGAGUCGCCUGCCGACGGUGAGCUUCACUGACAUGAAGUUCAACCCGGAGCCUCGCCGGAGGAGCCGAGCUAAGAUAAACACCCGCGAGAGGAAGGCCAUGAAGGUGCUACCUGUGGUCGUAGGUGUAUUCUUGUUGUGCUGGACUCCAUUCUUCGUGCUGCACAUUGUGCGUGCUCGCUGCCAGGCGUGUGAUAUACCGCCCGCCGUCAUGAGUGUGGUGACGUGGCUCGGAUAUGUCAACAGCGCGCUAAAUCCCGUCAUUUACACGGUGUUUAACACAGAGUUUCGACGCUUCUUCAAAAACUUUCUGCGACAGUGCUGCGCUUUUAGCUGCUGUGCCGCAUCAUCUGGUUAG